AUGGAGCUGUGUCUGGCCUUGGGUCGCCCGGGAACUGUCGGCAGUGGGGCGGCCGGCCAGGGAGCGUACAACGGCAGAGUGGCCGGCGAUGAGGCGCGGCCGCUGUUCCCGUGUCUCUUCUGCGACAGGAAGUUCCUCAAGCCGCAUGCCCUCGGUGGCCACCAGAACGCGCACAAGGAGGAGCGCGCGGCCGGCUGGAACCCCUAUGUCUACGGUCGCCACCCCGCUGCCGCCUCGUCUCACGCCGCCGCCACCGAUAACUUCAUCCCUAUCGCCGCGCGCUGUGGUGGCGGGGCCGCCGCUGCAACGCCCCUCCAUGUCGUUCCUGAGGCUGGCACGCUGGCUCCGUCGGUCCACGGCGUGCGAGUUGCAGCCGGCCCGUUCUCCGGCGUCCACGACGACGCGGGGGACAUGCUAAGCUAG